CGCAUUCACUCAUGGAUUCUAGAAAUGGAAAAUGAUAAAUCUCACACACUGGCAACACACGACACACGGACGGACGAAGCCAUUCCAUUCCACAAAUCUCUUCACUCAGCCAUUUUUUAUUUUUUCAGCCAGCCAACCACAACGGACAUCGAUCGCCAUCGACGCCUCAUAUCGUUGUGUGCCGCCGGAUGACGCGGCAGGGCAUAUCACUCACCCCCAACCAAGGCCACCAUCCAUCCGGCCCUUCCUUCACACAAACCUAUUCUCUGCUCCCUUCUGCCUCUCUGUGUUCAAAACACAAACCGCCCAACCACACGGACAGACAGACAGACAGACACGGAGACGUGCCACAAAGCCACCGUCAGCCCAGCCCGUUAGUAAUAGCUAUCCCAUUGUGGCGAUCCUUGGCAUGGAUAUCUUCCGCUGGUCCUUGUCCUUGUCCUUGCCCUUUUUGCCCCCUCCAAUGCUCUUGAUGGGGUUACCCUCGAGCACCUCGGUCACGUGGCCGCUCUCUGCGCCGAGCAGGGGCGGCACCCACAGCAUGGCGCGGUAGCGGGACGAGUUGGUCAGGUGCUCGUUCUCCAGACGGAUCAGCGCCCACUGAACGAGGCGACGCGACGCGGGGGACACACACACGUCGAGUGGAUGGAUGGAUGGAUGGCGGGAGUGUUGUGUGCAGCUUACGAGUGUCCUUCUGAGGAUUUCCAUGGUGGAGACCCAAAGCGUGAUCAGAUUGGAGUUCAGCCUCUGCAACACACACACACACACACACACAUGGACCAAGUGCCCGCCAUUCAGUCAUUCCCUGACCUCAUUGUCGAGUAUUUCGAUGGGCAUCAGGUUCAUGGCCCACGACAGCCGGCCGAACUGCAUCAACGAAGAAAGACAGCAAGCCGAUCGUGUGCGUCUGUCUGAGUAUGUGUUGUGUUGGUUGCGGCUUGACCGACCAGGUUGACGAGUGAGAUGGAGUAGUAGAGCCACGGGGGGUACAUCCGCUGAGGCCUGUCAGCACCACACCACACCACACCGCAGCACAGCACACCUCAUUGCAGCUGCUUACGUAUGUGUGUUGCUUUGCUUCCUGUGUGUCACUCCGUCAGUCCGGCAGGCCCCCCAGGUACCUGAGGUAGUUGUCUGGGUCGAAUGCGAGCCCCCAGUCCAUGUAGACGUCCCAGAAGAACAUGUAGAUGGUGGCGAAGAUGUACGUGAAGACCCACACCAAACGGCUCACGUAGAUGGACAGACCGUACUCGUGCCUGAGACGUGACGAUGGCCGGUUGGUUGACGCAAGAAGACAGGACAAGACGGACACGCUGUAUUGUGUGUGUGUGUGUGUGUGUACCAUGGUAUAGAGGUGCAGAUGACGACCAGGAUGCCGGCGCAGUACUUGCCCGUGUUGGCCGCGUGGGCGGUGCGCCGCUUGGCGUCAUCCGCUUCCAAGAACCUGCAACGCACCACAACACACACCACACACACACACACAGCGAUACAGAGCCGUUGUCUGAGGGAUGUGUUGUGCGUGUGCGUGUGAGUGGGCUGGUUAGACCUGCUGAUGCACUGCAUGAGUCGGAUGUAGUAGGGCGUGGCGACGAUGAGGGGCUUGAGCCAGAAGUCCACACCCGAGCAGGUCACCGUCUCACGGUGGUACAAACCAGUGCUGCAGACAGACACAUGGGGGUGUGGGUGUGGGUGAGUGUGUGUGAGGCACACACAACACACACCUACCUGUAGUAGCAGACAGUGUACUCGAGGUCUGCGAGGGGUUUGGCCAUGGAGGUCAGCACGUCGCCCACGAUGUUCUGCACGAACGUCACCGUCACAAAGGGCCACACUCUGACAACAAAGGGCACAAUCACACACACAUUUGCAGACAGACACGCCAAUGUGUGUGUGUGUUAUCUGUGUGGUGUGGCGAGAGCGUACGCCGCGUAGAAGCAGUAUCCGACGCACUCGACGAUCUCCCAUCUGUAUUUCCGCCUGAACGUGUCGCUGGGCAGGAAGGCUAUGGCCACCUGCACCGCUAUCAACACCACGGGAUACAAGAAAUACCUUCACACACACACACACACACACACAGAGAGAGAGAGAGAGGAUGCAUGUGUGCCUGAGAGUAUGAGUGUGUGUCUGUGUGUCUGCACACAUACUCACAAGUUGUGGGGUCCGAAGUUGAGGAAUUUGAGGUCCGCGAGGUAGCAGCCGAAGAUGACGAUCCACGAGGUCGUCUGGAUCGCUGCCACCAGGAAAAAAUGUGACGGAGCCACCUGGCACUUCGGAUCGAUGUCCAGCAUAAACCUGCCACCCCACCACACAACACACACACACACACCAAACCCCCUCUCAAUGUCACUCUCGCCACGACCCUUCUCUCUCGGUGUCAGUCAGAUCGGCCCACACCACAGGUACCUGUAGUUGACCCUAUAGUGUUCGAGCAGGUGCAUGCAGGCCCCGAUCCCCCAGUUGACCAAAAUGAUGCUGAGGACCAUUCUGAAGAUGGGGAAGUUGGCCAAGACCUCGUCCAGGGUGUAGUCGGGGUUGGUCGGCUCCAUGUAGCACAUCACCACGAUGUCCAGAAGCAGCACCAUGCAGGCGCCGAGGAAGAAAAACAGACGGUCCUGGCCUGAUUGACACAUGGAUAGACACAUACACAUAUGGAUGGCGGUGGGGGGGAGGGGUGUGGUUAUGGCGGUUGGCUGACCAGGGACGUGUUUGGAGAGUUCCUUGAGCAUCUCCUGCUGUAUCUUGAAGUGGUCAGACGUCUUGUCGUCCGUUAUCAGCCGAUACAAGUCGCUGCACUUCUUCUGCAUACACACAGAAAAGGGCUGCGUGUGUGUGUGUGUGUGUGUAGGCGUCUAGGUCUUCUUCUCACGGACCGACCUGUAGCCUGUGGACGCGGUCGAGCUUCUUGAAGGGCUGUUCCCGCACCCGCAUGAUGUCCUCUGCCAGCCGCUCCACGCCACACAGCUUGUCGCGCUUCUUCCAUAUCUUGUAGAAACCCUACACAGACAACACACACACACACACACACACCGAGAGAGAGAGAGAGAGAGAGAGUGGGUGAGCUCUCGCAUCCGCCCACCACACACAGACACCAUUGGCCAAUACCUACCAUGUAGUUGAGUGACGAGUACUGCUCGAGCAGCUCACUGGCCGUGUACAUGUUGCACAGCACCCGCUGGAUGCGACCCCGGUACAUCCGCCGCCACUUCUCGUCCUUCUUCUCCUUCUUCUCUUUUUUCUCCUUGUCCUUCUCGCCCUUGUCCUUCGAAGAAAACGACUCACCGCGGCUCACCUGGCGCACGUGAGAGGGACCCCCAAACGAUGCCGACAAAUGCAGACUCGCCUCGGAGGCACCACCUGCACCUGCACCGGCAGCAGUAGCAUGGUUCGGCGAGCUGUCUGCCGUGUCCGGCGGCUGCGGCUCCCGCGGGCCGUGGAUGGCAAUACUCGGUGAGGACACUCCGCCUGUGUGGAGGCCGUGGGGGAGGGGCGCCUGCUGGGGCGUUGGCGAGAGGGGCUCCUCGGCCUGUGACGAUGAGGGGAUGAUGGGCAGAGGAGAGGGCCGGGCUGGGGCGGGGGGUGGCAGGGGGACUGUGGGGGGUGACGCUGCUGCUGAUGCCGCCGCUGCUGCUGCAUCUGCCGACUGUCACCAAAGGAGGAGACACACACACACACACAGAUACCACACGAGAUCUGCGUCCUGUCCCACCAAGCCACCCGCCCAAGCUGCCCACCUUCUUGCGCAAUUCUUCGCCGAGGUUUUCCCUGAUGGCCGCCUCGAUGUGCUCGAUGCGCUGCUCGAGGAGGUUGCACUCAUUCUCAAAGAAGCGGUUGACCUUGGCGAGCUCCCGCUCACAGGCGAUGUCGAACAUGCGCAGCUUCUCCUGGUCGGCCUCCCCCAGGAGGGGCUGCUCCGCCGGCGCGCCCUCUUGCGAGGCAACCGAUGCCCGCCGUUCAUCGCCCGGGAGGAGCUUCUUGAGCUCGUUAUAGUUGAUAUACUCAUUCGCCCACUCGGGCACGGCGUAGUGCGUCAGCUGCUUGCCGAACUUCAUCUCGAC